AUACGAUUUUACGUUGUUGUUUAUUAUUUUGGGUGUCAAACAUGUCAAUCUGCUAAAUGGAUAAAAACUUCUAUCAAUUUAUAAUUUUAGCAGCAGUGCCAGCAGUGAUAUCAUUUGCAGUAUUAUGCAGCUAAUAAUUUGCAAUAAAAGUCAUACUUCAUAAUCUCCUAUUGAUUUUAUCGUGCAAUAACUUAAUUGUGUUCCAAAGAUUCUAAUGAAAUUAAAGCGUGGUUAUUACGAUGUAUUCGUACAAACUUGUGCUAAAAACCCCUCCAGCAUCGCCGUGAGGCACUACGAUAAUGGCAUCUACAAAAAUUACACAUACUCAGAAUUAUAUGGAGUAUGCGAGUACAUAUCACAAAACUUACAACAACUGAAAUGUAACAAAGGCAUAAUUGGAUUAGUAUCGGAGAGGAAUAUCAUAAUACCAUGCGUUAUAGCUGCGGCCCACAAAUGCUGCACAACAUUCAUGUUUUUGGAUCCAUCACAGGAUAUUGAAAAUAUCGCAAAUGAUGUCAAGUUUAAUGUCCUCAUUAAAAUCCAGGAAAAAGAUGCUAGUACUUCAUCAGAGUUGUUUAGUAAAAAACCAGAUAAAGUUGUAUCAGUCUUUGAUUUAGAGAUAAAGUUUUAUGACUUAGAGCCGCAAGCGAAUAACAGACAUGUUCCGGAACACUCCUUCAUUGCCAUGACAUCCGGCAGCACCGGCGACCCCAAGCACAUCCAAGUCCCCAUACAGUGCAUCCAGCCAAACAUAGAUGACUUGACCAAACUUUUCAACAUUGGGCCGCAGGAUAUAAUAUAUUUCUCAACACCUCUCACCUUUGACCCGUCUAUGAUUGAAAUACUGCUCGCCUGUAUGAACGGUGCCUCCCUCCUCAUAGCACCAGAGAAGCCUGACAUCCUUUUCCCUUCUAACAGCAACCACUCCAUAACAUUCUGGCAGACGACCCCAUCAAAGUUCUUCCAACAUUCAAAUGCAGACAUAAAAAAUAAAAUAUUGAGUGCUAAUUCCACUCUGAAAAUAUUAGCCCUUGGAGGUGAACCACUGAAUGGCAUCAAACGCUUGAAGGAACUGAAAGAUUGGAAUAAUAAAACCAAGAUAUACACUCUUUAUGGAGUCACUGAAAUGUCUUGUUGGGCGUGUGCAGCUGAGCUGGACCUUAGCAGGAUACUGACAGAUAGAGAAGUCCCUCUAGGGAAUUGCCUUUCAGAGACACAGAUUCAUAUAGAGCAUGACAAUAAUGCAAAUAAGGAUACUGGAAAAAUAAUAUUAGUUAGCAAAUCAAGAAAAUGUAUAAUUUUGAAUAAGUCUAAAGGAAAUGAAGAAGAGAACUCAUUAAAAUUUGUAGACACUGGAGAUUUGGCAGAAGUACGAAAUGGCACUAUUUAUUACAGGGGUCGCAAAGAUGACAUUGUCAAAAGAUUUGGCCACAAAAUUAAUUUGCAAUUUAUAGAAUCUACAAUCAUGCAGUGCCCAAGAGUCAAGACAUGCUCCUGUGUAUGGCUUCCUAAACCUUUGCUGUUAGUGGUAUACUUUUCAUCUGAAACUCUUUCUAGUCAAGAAUUAUCUGAUUUUCUGAAAUGCAAGCUUGAUGACAAACAUUGGCCUGAUAAAAUUGUAAGGGUGGAUAAUUUACCUACCAACCCUCAUGGGAAGAUUUCUAAACUGAUCCUAUCCAAAAUGUAUGAAAAGGUGAUAAAUGUGCCUCAAACAAUAGAUUCUCUGAAAGUGAGUUUACUGAAGGAACUGCAGGUGGUAAUGAGCAGGAACUUCACAUAUGAUGCAAUUAAACAUAAAGACUUCUUCUCAAUUGGAGGCACUUCAUUCCUGGCAGUCUCAAUGUGCAACAAGCUGUCUUUGACAUGCCCUCAGUUUGGUAAACUGAUUUUACCAUAUCUGAUGUCCCAGAAAAAUACUAUUGAUGAAAUAAUGCAGUUAGCCCAAAAAGAGUUGUGUUUAGAAGAUACUAAACCUAAAAGAAAAAUGAAAAGAUCCAGAUCGAUAGUGGAAAGUAUUCAAGAUAAUAAUUCAUUUAAAAAAAUAAGUCAUGAGAGCUCUAGCAAUCCUGUAGAAUUUAUAGUCUUGUGGACAUAUGACACUGGCAAAUGUGUUGAUGCUUCCCCAACACUGUUUCAAAUAGGAUUUAAUUUGUACUCAAUCGUAGGCAGUCAUUCUGGGAAAAUCGUUGUAAUCGAUGCCAUAUCUGGCAUAUUACAAGGUUUAAUAACGCUGAAAGCACGUGUGGAGGCGUCUGUUUUCUGUUAUUACGAGGAGUCGAUGUCAACGCCAUGUGGCAUGGUUGGCGCAUACGACGGAACCAUAGUUUGUUUUGCAAUUGAAAACUGCAAGGAGAUAUGGAAAAUCAAUAUAAAAUCAAUGAUAAAAAGUAAAGCCACUUGCUGUAAUGGUUUGCUUUAUAUCGCCUCUUACGACGGUAAAAUACGCUGUAUUGAUGUGAUGAAUGGAGAAAUCAAAGACACUAUCCAAGUGACUGAUCAAGCGAUAUCGGCGGAUCUGGUCCUCGCGAAGAAGGAGUAUGUAGUCUUAGGCACUCUGUCUGGAGUCUGCGCGAGCAUCCAUACGCCUACCAACGCAGUGGCGUGGCGCGGCUCCCUCGGCAGCCCGGUGUUCGCCAGCCCUGUGCUAUACGAUAACGACAAGUACGUCGUGUUCGCCGAAGUCAACGGCGAGAUACACUGCAGGACUGUGGAAAAAGGCAUCAAGAUAUGGAAAUAUCAGGGAGCAAAAGGGAAUAUAUUCUCAUCAAUAUAUGUGAAAGAAGUGGACAAAUUAAAAUGGCAAAUGGUAUUUGGAUGUCAUGACAACAAAGUGUACAGCAUCAACAUAAAGAACUUCCAGCCUAGUUUGCAUUGGAAGGCGCAACUGACCUCUCCUGUGUACUCGACCCCCUGUGGCCUAAGUGAUAAGCUGAUAUUGGCGGCAUCCAAUAAUGGAAAACUAUGCGUGAUUGACUCGGAAAAUGGCAUCAUUUUAGCAGAAUAUACCUUACCCAGUGAAACAUUUUCAUCCCCUGCAGUCUAUGGAGACUACAUAUUUAUUGGGUGCAGGAAUGACCACCUCUACUCAUUGAAAUAUGUCCUUAACUUAUAGUCAAUGGAACCUAGUCCUACAUACUGUAUGAAAUAUUUAUUUAUUUAAAUUCCUAAGUGUAAAUAAAAUAAUACUGACUCAAAAUUAAAA